CACACACACACACACACUCACACACACACAUACACACACACACUCAGGCUGGUGAGAGCUAUUAAUUAGUUCUGAUAUGAUAAAGGAAGGGAUUAAUAAUUAUGUUCAUAUCUGGAGAAGAAUGGGAGAAAGCUAUGAACUGGGUCCCAGUGUAUUAUUCAAAUAUGUGGCAUUAUAUGCAGCUCAUCUGAUAAAGUCCAAUGCUUCAUUGUCAGCUCUUAAACUGUUCACUACAUAUGGGGCUCCUCCUUUACCCCAGAACUUUAACAUAUACAAGAGGCUCUGCAUGGAAGUGUUUGGAGAGAAUCUUGAAGGAGGGGCAGCUUAUCCAACCUACUCUAGUCUCAGGAAUAUGUUAUUCUCUAUUGUUGAUGAGCUAUCACGUACAUCAGAGUCUGGCAGUUUGAGUUGUAGAGAAUUUGAGCAAUAUCUAUUGGUAUCGCAUUAUCUUGCUACUCGAUCAGCUUGUAGUAGAGUACCACAGCUCAAUGGUAUAGUAGCUAAGAUAUCAGUAUCACUCCUACGACACACUGAUGUCAUACCUGCUGAUAGAGCUUUCUAUCAAGUUGGGAUGUACUGUAAGGCAGUUGGAUUGGAAAGCAUGGCAUUUAUAUUCUAUAACAGAUUCCUGGAUCUCAGUGAAGCUAUUGAAGAGGGUUCAUUGGAUAUGAUUGAUAACAGUAAUUUUGUUGAUACUGAUAUUCCAUUUGAAGUAGCACUGCCAGAACAACCUUUCAUGACAGAGGAUAAACGAGAAGAGAUUAAGGAAUGGGUACUGGCCCUCUCCAUGGACAGACAGGUGGAGCAAACACUACCACUUGAUGAUGAGAGACAGACUUAUGUUGCAUCAUUGACAUCACCUCAUACUGGAGUCACCUCAUUACCUUGCAUUGUAACAGGUUAUCCAGCAUUGAAGCAAAAGGUUGAGUUUAAACGUGGUGGGAGGUGUGCUAACAAAGGGGACUGGACCAAGUUUGUUAUGAAUACAAAGGCAUCUCAAAAUGAAGAGUGCUUGGAUGUUGUUCAUUUUAUAACCAAGUGGUGCGGUCAACCACUAAAUCCAGCUCACACGUUCUAAGACAUUAAAAGUUUACUGUAGUAAAUGGUGCAUAUGCCAUUAGCAGAUACAUCACUUAAGAUUAUUUUAUCAAAAAUUUUUAAGA